CAAACAGCGCUCUGGGCAGGUCAACGUGUGCGCGCUCCCGUGGCGCAUUGACAAAAAUGGCGGCCGUCGUCGGAUCAGGUGUUGUAGUUCCUCGCAGCUUUCGGCUGCUGGAGGAACUGGAAGAAGGUCAGAAAGGCGGUGGAGAUGGAACUGUGAGCUGGGGCCUUGCUGAUAAUGAUGACAUGAUGUUAACCCACUGGAACGGCAUGAUCAUUGGCCCUGCCAAGACCGUCUAUGAAGGCAGAAUAUACAGUCUGAAAAUGGACUGUGGGCCAAAAUACCCAGAACUUCCUCCUCUUGUUCGCUUUGUGAACAAGAUCAACUUGACUGGUGUGAACAGUUCAAAUGGUGUGGUCGACCUAAAGUCUGUGUCAUCAAUGUCCCGGUGGAAGAACUCGUACAACAUCAAGAUGGUGCUGCAGGAGCUCAGACAGCACAUGAUGAUGAAGGAGAACAGCAGGCUCUCCCAGCCACCUGAAGGCCAGGUGUACAGCAACUGAGGCUGCUGGUGCUGCUGUUAACCCCGUCUCCCUCACGCUCUCUCCCUCCCUCCCUCUUACGCACACACACACACACACACACACACAGACCAUCCUAAACCCUGUCCUGCUCAGCCACCAUCUUACCAAAGAUUAACACCCACUUCCUUCGGGAGCCUUCCACUGAAUGGAUAAAGAUCUGCGAGAGAAACCAACUUCCUCACCCAGACCUCCAUCUAAGUCAACAAAGUUCAUGCUCAAUCAUCCAGGUACC